UUUUAAUUCUCUUCUCCUCUUUGCAAAUUGCAACAAACAACCAUCACCACCUUCACAAACCCCAAGCAUUGUCACCUUCACAAACCCCAACCAUUGUCACCUAACUCCAGUUCUCAUUUCUUUGAAUAACAAAGAAGAAGAUGGGAGAGGGAGAAAAAUUUCAGUUGGGGACUAUCGGUGCGUUGAGUCUAUCGGUGGUUUCAUCUGUGUCCAUUGUCAUUUGUAACAAGGCGUUGAUGAGUUCACUACAUUUUAUUUUCGCUACAACUUUGACAAGUUGGCAUCUUCUUGUUACAUUUUGUUCUCUUCAUGUGGCACUAAAAAUGAGACUUUUUGAGCACAAGCCGUUUGAUCAAAAAGCUGUGAUGGGAUUUGGAAUUCUCAAUGGAACUUCAAUUGGACUUUUGAAUUUGAGCUUGGGUUUCAAUUCUGUUGGCUUCUAUCAGAUGACAAAGCUAGCAAUAAUUCCAUGUACCAUUCUUCUGGAGAUCCUUUUCCUUGGCAAGAAAUUCAGUAGAAGAAUACAAUUUUCCCUUGCAAUUCUUCUUUUCGGUGUUGGAAUUGCAACCGUUACGGAUUUGCAGCUUAAUGCACUAGGAUCUUUCUUAUCUUUUCUAGCAGUGAUAACAACUUGUGUUGCUCAAAUUAUGACAAAUACGAUCCAGAAAAAGUUUAAAGUUUCUUCUACUCAACUUUUAUAUCAAACAUGUCCUUAUCAAGCAGCAACCUUGUUGAUAAUCGGGCCAUAUUUGGAUAAAGUUCUCACUGACCUAAAUGUUUUUUAUUUCAAGUACACUACACAAGUCACGUUUGUCAUUGUUCUCUCAUGCCUUAUUUCUAUCUCAGUAAACUUUAGUACAUUUCUUGUAAUUGGAAAGACAUCUCCAGUCACUUAUCAGGUUCUUGGACAUCUUAAGACAUGUCUUGUAUUAGCUUUUGGCUACAUUAUUGUUCGUGACCCUUUUAGUUGGAGGAACAUAUUGGGAAUUUUGGUGGCCAUGGUUGGGAUGCUUUUAUAUUCGUACUCUAGCAUUCUUGAGAAUCAACAAAAAGCAGCUGAAACUGCAUUACAAGCAUCACAGGCAAGAGAAGAUGAAUUGGAUCCUCUCAUUAAUGUGGAAAAUGGAAGUGCAAUAUUAAACAAAAGGCCCCUUGUUUGGAACAAAGAAAAAGACUAGUUGUGUAUGAAUAUUUACAAUGGCCUGUGAGAAUAGUAUAUCAAAUUAUAAAGAAAUUUUAUCCUUAGUUAGAAAGUUUGUAAAACUCAAAUGUUAAGUGGGUGAAUUGAUUCAAUCCGUACUAUUAAUUUAGCAUUAUGUGCAUUGGUAGCCAACCAAUAACAUACUAGUAGGGGAAAGAAAUCUUAGAUAUUGUCUAAGUUUGAGCCAACAAAAUUGGAUAUUUUUCACAUUAUAUUACAUAUAUAAAAACAUUUCAAAAUUUUAUUUAUUGAA